GUCACGCGGCUCCGCCUACCCAGCUCAUCAGUCGGUGCGCGAGGCAGGGACGGAGGAAGAUGGUGGAGCCGGGCGGGGCUCGUGCUCCGUUACACUGCUGAAAUAACACGCAGCCGAGCCCAGUGCAAACCAUGCGAGCAUCCAUGAGGGACGAUCCAUCAGAAUGCAGAAGAAUUAUCAGGAUGAAUCAGGCAGGUCUGUGUGAGUUAAAUGUGUGGCUGCGUCUGAUACAGCACUAACCUGGAUCAGAGAGACUAGCCCAUUCUGUCCUAAGAGAAAACUUCGCUUUCUUUCUGCCAGUGCCCUGUCUCUCCCCUGACAGCCUACGGGAUAGAUGAGCCUAGGAGGCUUUGUAUUGGUCUGUGCUGCACCUGGCCAGGGGGAGAUGAUUCAGUGAUUGUAGACCAUUACUUGUCCUAGCCAUGAGCCAUCAGGAGGCAUCGGUGGGCUAUGAGCCAGCUGAGGCAACCGAAACAGACCUAGGCCGCCGAGAGCAACCAUCCUCUCAGCGCAGACGCCACGAAAACUCGGGCCGCUCUCGUCAUCAUCACAGUGGUAACGGCAGCGAAAACAACCACUCUCAACCCGGUGCGCAGCGGCAACGGCAUCAUGAUGGAUCUGAAGGGACCGGGCGACCACGUUCGUCCCGCAGGAUGCCCGAAGAAGGCGACGUAGAACAGCAGCAAGUUCAGCGGCCCAUCCCACGGCCAGCAGUGAGCCGAUAUCGCAGGCAAGGUGACACAGAGGCACGACUGAGGGCCCAGCAACAGCGGCAGAGGCAGAGGGAGAGGGAAAGGCAACAGAGGGAGGCAGAAAGAGCCGAGCAGCAUCGUCUUGAGGAGGAAGAGGACAACCAUAGUGCCCUGGCACGCUCUGCAAGCACAGAGAGUGGAUUCCACAACCACACAGACCAGGCCGAGGGUGAUGCUGUAAUGGCGCUAGAGGCUGAACCUGAGGACGAGGGUAUGUAUGGUGUUGCACUACGUCCAGAGGCAGAAGAAUAUGCAGAGAGUGCAGAAUCUGAGCAACAGCCCCAGUACCCUCCCCAACCCCCUCCACUUCCUCACGAGCCCCUGCAAAACAUGGAGCGGCCAAUCAGACACGACGCUGAGGCACUCAACCCUGGUUACUCCAACUAUGUUUACACCCAGCCUAGGCCUGAAGAUCAGCCCUAUUCCGAGCCCUAUGCUGACUACGGAGUGCAGGAGCAUGUGUACGAGGAGAUCCCAGAAGCCCCUGAAGGAGACAUGCCUCAGCAGCGUCGUGCCGGACUGCGGCUCCUAGAGCGAGAUUCGUAUGGGCAACAGGAAGCUGUGGGCUCCAGACUCCACCACUACGAUGAGCGAUCGGACGGCGAGUCAGACAGCCCUGAAAAGGAAGCUGAAUUUGCGCCUUACCCACGUACCGACAGCUGUGAGCAGGAUGAGGAUGUUGAGCACAUCGUGGGUGAAGCAACGGAGAGCUCACAGAGUCUGGAACACCCUUCAGCAGUAAAGGGAACAGACAGACACAAAGAGAAAGAGCAGGCUAAAGAGGGGAAUCUUCAGGAGAUAGAGAAUGAGGAAGGGAAAACCGAGGAUGGCGGAGUCCCCAUGAGCAGCCCCUCUGAGGAGUCAGCUCAGGUGAGGAGCAAUCGGGAGAAGAGGGAAGCUAUCUCGCUGGCCAUCAAGGACAUCAAGGAGGCUAUUGAGGAGGUGAAGAGCAGGACGGUGCGCUCACCCUACACACCAGACGAGCCCAAAGAGCCCAUCUGGGUGAUGAGGCAAGACUUAAGCCCCAGUUUGGAGUCAGACCUGCAGCCACCACUAGGGGGAGAUUCUCCAGGCCCGGCCCCCACUUCUCCACAGGGGGCGGAGUCUUCCAAUAGCAAUCUGCUGCAGCAUGAGGGCAGCGAAAACUUUGAGGCCCCGUCUCCUGCUGGCAAAGAGUCAAGGAGGAGCAUUGCUUCAUUCCCGACAUAUGUGGAAGUUCCAGGCCCGUGCGACCCAGAGGACCUCAUCGAUGGCAUCAUUUUCGCCGCAAACUAUCUGGGCUCGACACAGCUGCUGUCAGACAAGACACCAUCAAAGAACGUGCGCAUGAUGCAGGCUCAGGAGGCGGUCAGUCGCAUUAAGACGGCUCAGAAAUUAGCCAAAAACAGGAAGAAGGCCCCUGAGGGUGAGACGCAGCCCAUGACAGAGGUGGAUCUCUUCAUUUCCACCCAAAGAAUCAAAGUGCUGAAUGCUGACUCUCAGGAGACCAUGAUGGACCAUCCAUUAAGGACCAUUUCGUACAUUGCUGACAUUGGAAACAUUGUGGUUUUGAUGGCCAGGAGAAGAAUGCCUCGCUCUGACUCUCAGGAGAACAUGGAAGCAUCCGAUCCAGCCCAAGAUGAAAAGCGCCAGUACAAGAUGAUCUGUCACGUGUUUGAGUCUGAAGAUGCACAACUCAUAGCACAGUCCAUUGGACAGGCCUUCAGUGUAGCAUAUCAGGAAUUCCUGCGAGCCAAUGGCAUCAAUCCUGAGGACCUGAGCCAGAAAGAGUACAGUGACCUCCUUAACACACAGGACAUGUACAACGAUGACCUCAUACACUUCUCUAAAUCAGAGAACUGUAAAGACGUUUACAUAGAGAAGCAGAAAGGAGAGAUCCUAGGAGUGGUGAUUGUAGAGUCAGGCUGGGGCUCCAUCCUGCCUACAGUCAUCAUUGCUAACAUGAUGCAUGCUGGGCCAGCAGAAAAAUCUGGAAGAUUGAAUAUUGGAGACCAGAUCAUGUCCAUCAAUGGCACCAGUCUGGUGGGACUUCCUCUCUCCACCUGCCAGAGCAUCAUCAAGGGGCUGAAGAACCAGUCCAGGAUCAAGCUGAAUAUUGUGAGAUGCCCACCAGUCACCACCGUGCUCAUCAGAAGACCAGACCUGAGAUAUCAGUUGGGGUUCAGUGUGCAGAAUGGCAUUAUUUGCAGCCUUAUGAGAGGAGGGAUAGCUGAGCGAGGUGGUGUGCGCGUUGGUCACCGCAUCAUUGAGAUCAAUGGCCAGAGCGUGGUUGCGACUCCUCAUGAGAAGAUUGUACACAUUCUAUCCAAUGCAGUUGGUGAGAUUCACAUGAAGACAAUGCCUGCUGCCAUGUACCGCCUGUUGACAGCCCAGGAGCAGCCAGUUUACAUCUAAAAGGAACAACGAAUACCCCUCAACCUCCUGACCUCACCUCGUCUCACUCCACCUCACCUCACCUCACCCUGAUCUCUAUCCUGUGGACUGAUGAUUAUGUGAAUCCAUGACCACUAUUUAUCCACAAUGAUUCACCUUCUUCCUACUGGCUGUCCACCUCCUGUCAGCACAAGGCUUUCAGCCUACUUCUCUACUUCGGCACCCGUGUUCUCGCCCAGGUAAAAAAAGCUGAACCAGGCACAGAAAGAAAGAGCUCCACGACACGGAAUUCUCCCAACAGAAAUUUACACUCUGUCUAUAUUAUUUCACACUGUUUGACCAUGCAGUAUGUACAAGCAGUGUGUUUGAAGUUAUUUGUGGAAAGCUCUCUCUUUCUCUCCCCCCCCCCACGUGAUUUAUUUGAACCUGGCAACCAUCAGACAUUCCAGCUUUAUUCUCUUCCACUCAAGUUCUAAACGAGCAGCUGUUAGCCAGGGUGUGGAGGAGCAGACUGAACAUUUCUGAAGGCCUGCAGGCUCUAAGUGUGCAUUUCUCAGAGUAAAUGCUAAUUAGAGUAAACAGAACCGUGUGCUCUGUCGUCUCACACACACAAAGGGGUUCUUGCCGUUUUCUUUUUGAUAGUCGGACACCCCUAUGUUAAGAAAUGAUCCAUUGAGAAUCUCAGUAUAGAUUUAUUUGACAAACUACUAAAAUAUUAAACCAAGUACAAUUGUCAUUCGAGUCUAGUUGACAGCAUCAAUUUGAUAAUAACGAGUUUCCACUUCUUUUGAUCGAAUGACACACCACUAAAUGAUAUAAUGCACAACAUGGACUAUUAAUGCCUUAAAUUAGUAAUGCGAGACACAAACACCUCAGAGCUGAUCACAUCUAGAUACAGCACAGACAAACACAAGCUCUUAUUCCAGGAUUUGUCUAUUGGUGGGACGUUAAGACCAAAUUAAGUCAGAAUUAGAAUUUAGUUACUUUGUUCAAAAAAAAUGUGAAAAUUAUAUACAAGUUUCAGAAUUGUGACCAAUUUUUAGUUUGUUUGCUCGUUUGAUUAAAUUUGCAACUGAAUCAUUUCCACUAUUUUCUAGUGUACAGAUCAUAUUGUUCUUUUUUUUUUUUGGCAAAUUUUUCUUAUCGAUUCUUUAUAUUUAAGGAUAAUUCUGUUGUACGGAUGUACUAAGUAUUUUAUUUUGGUUUGAAAAAAUAUUUAUACUUGAAACAUUAUUUGAAGAAAUACUGUAUGUGUGUAAAGGGUUAGAAGUGAUAUACUGGUCUGUCUUUGAAAAGUAUAAAUUUAGUUCUUUAGUUUAAAGUAAAAAUAACAAUUGAUGCUCUUGAUGAGACCAUAAUUCAAGAAUUCAGCUUUCAAGAUUCGGAAAUUUGCAUUGGAUAGUGGUUGGCCACGAGUUCUCCAAUGUUCCAUCCUCAUAAAUGUGAUAGACUAAGAGUUCUCCCCAGGGUAGGAGUCUCUCAGUUUUGCAGACUGAGCAUCUUUCACUGCCCUGGAUAGUCUCUAUUUAAUCACAGACGAUACAAUACAAAUGAUGCAGUGAAAUGACAUUGUAUCGGUAUAGUAUAUAUCAGUAUCGGUAUAUAGGUGCAUAUGUCCUCAACAGGAAGAUGAAGCAUUGUGAUGUCAGUGGUACCAUGGAUAGAAUCCGUCAUUCACGAUCACAAGCCACGAUAUUGCUGCAGCAAGUUCGUGUCAUAUACCCAAACGUGGCUCUUGUACACACGCAAACAAACACAACACACACACACACACACACACACACUGCUUUGCGUCUCAUCUCAAAAAAUCCCAGCCUUACGACUGCUGUCAUUUCCACAGACACACAAGCAGGACGGCGUCACGGUACUUUUCUUAAGCAUGGUCUUAAUCAUGUCUUUGGUAUGCGUUCAUGCUAGUAGUGGGUGUGAAAACGUGUGACGGCAAAAUUACUUCACUGUAAAACAAAACCAGCUACAUAACUGCAUAUAAAUAUAUAUUUAUAUACGCACAUUCAUUUCCGUAUACACAUCCAGUGAUCGUGUAUAUACAGUAUGUACCUUUUUUCCGAAUUUGCAAGGCAGGUGGCAAGAGGACUGGACUCGUGCGGUGCUCUCUUUAUCUCUACAAAAGGAUUUCCUUCUGCUUCUAGGACGUGUUGACAGCAAACCCAUUAAAACUGUCAACAUGUCCUGACAUAUGACAGCAUUGAGCUAGAGUGUGACGCACUUAACUGAGCUUCAGUUAACAUGGUCAAAGUCAAAUUGUACUGCAGAAACCAAUUCAACGAUUGAAAUAUAGAAGUCUAUAAUAGUGCAGUUCUGUUCAUACAAACAAGGCCACAUAUAUGCAAGCUUUAAUGAUGUUGGCUUUGGUUUUACACGCUGAAAUCAAAUCACAGAAUCACAGUAUGUGCUGCUUAUUGGUGAGACGCAGUCAGGACUAAAAUGUGACGUCCACACUCGUGUCUGUACUGCGAAAAUUAACACAGGGCCUGGUGUUGUUCUAAUUAGAAGAUAAAGACGAGAGUAGAUGGUGGGUUUGACUAGUGUUUCUUAUGCACUCGCUCUGAAUGUAUUUAAACUUAUAUCUAUGUUUGUCUAUAUAGUAAAGAAAUAGGAAGAAAAAAAUACUUUCUGUAAAGCAAUGGCAAUGUUUAUUUAUUUGCGAGCUUUUUCUGUGAUGAAUCAUUGAGCCACAUUCCUACGCCAUAGCAGGAAUGUUUGUAACAGUAUUUACGACAAUAAAUGACUUAAUGAGAAAAUAUA